GCACUGCCCAUUGUUAAAGAAAUGGCUCAAUGAUUCUUGCUAUCGGCCAUACAAUUCUACAUAUUUGAGUCCUCAAUCUCAAAACGAGUUUAUAACCAUCCUUGCGUCAUCAGUGAACAAAACUAUAAUAGAAAAAGUUAGGGAAUCCGGACAGUUUUCUGUAAUGGCUGAUACUACGCCUGAUUUGUCCCAUACAGAUAGGCUAUCAGUAGUUGUAAGGUUCGUCAAUAAUGAAGGUACAGCAGAAGAAAGAUUAAUAGAAGUCCGCGAAGCUUUAAAUAAGACUGGUGUAGGAAUGGCAAACGACAUAUUUGACACAUUACAAAAAAAUGAGUUAGAUCCUGAUAAUCUUGUUUUUCAGUCGUAUGAUUUUGCCAGCAGUAUGUCUGGAGUAUUUAAUGGUGCACAACAAAAAUUAACUGAAAUAUUAGGUAGAAAAAUACCUUAUAUUCCAUGUCAAGCUCAUAGAGUCAACACAUUUAUUGAACAUGGUUGUGAAGCUAGUCUUAUUAUAUCUGAUAUGUUUUCAGUAAUGCAAGAAAUUUAUGUAUUUUUUUCUUCGAGUACAAAGCGAUAUUCUCCAUAA